UUUUUGUAUACCGGGCAGGGGCAAGACUCAGUUUUUCGAUAUAAAACGUCAGAACCGACGCCAAAUAUUGGGCGGUUAGUUUUCGUUUUCGUCAAUUCCGUGCCAAGUCCCUUGCCGCCGACGAGACUUCCCCUUGCGACACAACGGACGUUUGGGAUGAGGAAACAACAACGAGGAGACACUGACAAUGCGGCGAGUCGCGGCCUUGAACGCCAGAAGCAGCUGUGCGACGAAGGCAUGGCACUGGUGAACGAAAGCGUCGGCAUCCAAAACUCUGGUGGGGACACGGACCUCGCGGAGCGGAACCUGAAUCGAGCGGUCGAGAUCUUUGAAACGGCGCUGGGUAUUCAAUACGGCACACAAGAAGAGCAGGACGCGUCUGCGCGACUCAACAACAAGAUGCUGCGAUACGUCAAGAUGAUCAAGACGCAAAAGGCCAAGAACCCUGCCGUCGGCGGCAACAAGCGCGCCGCAUCCAAGUUUAAUAUCUUGGAACUGGACAAUCUCCCGCAGAUUUACCAUUCCAUUGCGUCCAAACUGUUUAAUUCGCAAAGCGGAGAUCUUUUUGAGUCCCUCAAGACGACAUUUGGGUUCCAGGACAACAACGUGCUCAACCAAAAGGAACAUGUGCUGUUGUUGCUCACGAACUACAAGGAGCAGUUGGACGUUCCCGAGCCCAAAGCGCCGGCGAACCAGCCCGUCCCCGCCCGGGACCAACAGCGGGAAGCGCAGUUGGCCGACAAGGCCGUGACCAAGUUCCACGCCAAGCUGUUUGACAACUACAAGAAAUGGUGCAAGUACAUCGGCCAAAAGCCCAAGUUUACGCGCGACACGCUCACGGACAUUGUGCUGUUCUUUCUCAUUUGGGGGGAAGCCGGCAACUUUCGGCAGACGCCAGAGUUGCUGUGCUUCUUGUUCCACAACCUCGCGCCGAGUUCACAGGCGGGCGGGACCAAGGAAUCUGGGGAUUUCCUCGCCACGGUGAUCCGGCCCAUGUACAACGAACUCAAGAAGGACAACGACAAGAAAACGUCGAAAGGCGCGCGCGCGCCGCACAACGAGAUCCGCAACUACGACGACUUUAACGAGUUCUUUUGGAGCAAAAAGUGCCUCAAGUACUCUGCGUACACGAUCGGCGAAGCGUUUGCCAGCGCCGACAAGAAGGGAAACCCCAAGGUAGUCAAGAAGACAUUUGUAGAGAAGCGGACGUGGAUGCGCGCGCUUAUGUCGUUCCGCCGCAUCUUUCUCUUCAACUUUGCGCUGUUUCUGGCCACGGUCGGGUUUGCCGUCAACAUGAUCACGCUGUGCCCGGACAGCCCUAUCAUGUACGGCUCGGAUCUGUCCAUGGUCGAAGUGUUUGGGAAAAAGUACUACAAUCCGCUAACGACCAAGACGAGCCUGGACUUCGAUGCCAACGAAACUGACUUGUACGCGGCGUCGACGCUUGAGUUGGACACGACGGGGCUGUCGUGCAACGUGGCCAAGCUGUCGACGUGCCUGGGAGUGCCCAACUUCGUCAAGGGCCAGUCGUUUCACUACAUGCCGCGGGACUUUCAAGAGCUGCUGCAAGACAUCCCGUUCACGUCGUGCAUUGAAAAGCAGAGCGGCCGCUGCACGUGCUACAUUGAGCUGAUCGAAAAGUGCUUUACGCAGACGGGCACGGCCACCGUGUUUGGCACAGACACGAACAACAUCAACAAGGGCGUGACGAUCAAGUACAACCAGGCGCUGUGCGGCAAGGUGUACAAGGAGAACGCGCUGCAGAUUCUAAACAACAACUCGCCGGGGCGACUGAACUGCGGGAUGUGCCGCCUCGAGCCGACGCAGUUGCUCAAUUCGCUGCCCAAGCUCAUCACGUCGCUGAUCGACUUCAAGCGGUUCACGGACAAGAAGCAGAGCGAUUAUGGCCCGCUGUUCUUUGUGGGCGGCAUCGGGUGCCUCGUGCUCGUGUUUGUGUGUGAAAUCCUGGGCCGGAUGUUCUCCGGCGUCGGCGUCGGCUUUGUGGGGCGGUCGCUGCCAGUGCCGUUCGCGGCGUACUGCCGGUACACGUGCUUUUGGAUCUUCCUCUUUACGUGCAAACUUACGUUCGACUACCAGUUUAUGGUCAAGAAUCUCGUGGAAACGACCGUGUUCAUUUGGAUCUCGGACGACAAAACGUACCUCCCCACGACCCAGUUCCUCAUCAACUUCAGCUUCCACAACAUCUUGUACAUUCUGUUCUUGUGGAUCCCAGCGAUUACAGUGUUCCUGUACGACGCGCAGAUCUUUUACGCGCUGUUGUCAGUCAUUUUUGGGUCCAUCCGCGGGUUCAACCUGCGCAUCGGUGAGCUGCGGUCGUUCCGCAUCCUUCGGCUCACGUUCAAGUCGAUCCCGAAAGUCUUCAACAAGAAGCUCGUGUCCAACUUGAUUGAGCGCAGCGGCAAGAAGAAGAAGGACAAGAAGAAGAAGGAUACCAAGGACGAGCCGGCCCCGGAACGCCGAUUUCAGCGCGUGUCGUACUCGGAAGGCAGCAAGCCACUCACGGGCACGGCCAAGGGGUUCAGUUCGCUGCUCGAGAACGACGGGUACAACGAAAUGCGCACCCCCGGCGGCAAUGAAUUGGACACUGCGUCUGCAUCUGGCCGCAACUCCAACAUUGGGUCCAUCACGGGCGUGUCUGGCCCCGAGUUUGAACGCACGAUUCCGUUUGCGAUGGCGUGGAACCGGUGCCUCGCCAGUAUGCGCGAGGCGGACGUGCUGAGCGACCGCGAACUGAACGUGCUGAGCUACCUGAUUGAUUCCAAGGACGUGGCGGAGCGGCGGCUGUACCCGCCGGCGUUUUUGACAGCGGGCAAGCUGGACGAGUCGAUUGACAUCAUCAUUGAAAGCUACACGCUGUACGACAAGCUCAAGUCAGAUAAGAAGAAGGACAAGACGCUGCAAAAGGUCGAAGUGUCGAUGCGCGAACGGCUGACCAAGGACGACUUGCGCGUCGAGUCGAUUCUGGGCUCGUACAAGUUUUCGUCGCAAGUGGUCAAGCUGCUGCUCGGGGACGAACACAAGGAGCUCGAAGCGUGCUUCAACUUUAUCGAGGAGAUGGCCACGACCAAGUCGACGCUCAAGGGACUGAACUUUAGCAACCUGUACCAGGCGCGGUCGGCGUGCGCGGACCUGAUGAAGUCCAUUCUGGAGGUGCCCAAGGGCGCCCACGAAGCCAGCAUCAAGUUUUUGCGGUCGCUGUACCACGUGAUUGACAACGUCGAGGUCGUGAUGGGGUGCCUGAAGAAGGUACUGUCCAAGCAAGAACACUUGGUGAAACUGCUCAACGACACGCCGCUCAAGCCCAACUCGUUCUUCUUUCCCGGAGACGCGCAGCAUUAUGCCAGUUCGCAGCUCCAGCGCAUCGUGAACGACCAAACUGCGAUUGAUAUUGUAUCCCGCGCGUACCAGUUGCUCACGGUGGACAACUUUGACGCGGAGCCGCGGUCCGAGGAAGGGCAGCGCCGGUUGCGAUUUUUCACCAACUCGCUGUUCAUGGAGAUGCCAGAAGCCAAGCCCGUGAGCCACAUGCACUCGAUCUCCGUGUCCACGCCCUACUUUAACGAAAUCGUGCUCUACUCGGUGAAGGAACUCACGUCGGAGAACGACGACUCGAUCAAGCUGCUGUACUACCUGCAAACGAUCGACCCGUUCGAGUGGGAGAACUUUUUGGAGCGCAUUAACGCCAAGGACGUGAACGAAGCGCUGAAAAAGUACCCGGAAGAGGUCCAGCUGUGGGCGUCGUACCGCGGGCAGACGCUGGCGCGGACGGUGCGCGGCAUGAUGUACAACGAAGAAGCCAUCCGGUUCCUGUACUGGCUCGAGAUUGGCGAGAACGAACCGAUGCAUUUAACCGGAUGUGCGUGCAACCGGUGCAUCAAGCUGGACGAGAUGGUCGCGCUCAAGUUCAACUACAUUUGCUCGUGCCAGAUCUACGGCAAACACAAGGACGAGCAGCGCCAGCAAGCGCAGGACAUCGACUACUUGCUCAUGAAGCAUCCCGGCCUUCGUGUGGCGUACGUGGACGGCCCAAAGAAGGUCAAGGAUGGCCCGCCCAAGUACUUUUCCGUGCUCAUUCGCGGCCAAGGCGACAAGAUCGUCGAAGUGUACCGCGUGGAGCUACCAGGAGACCCGAUCAUCGGCGAAGGCAAGCCCGAGAACCAGAACCACGCGAUCAUCUUUACGCGCGGUGAGAUGCUGCAGUGCAUUGAUAUGAACCAAGACGGGUACUUGGAGGAGUGUCUGAAGAUGCCCAAUUUGCUCGCCACCGUGGACCGUAAGGAACACGCCAAGAACCCAUUGACGAUCAUCGGGUUCCGCGAGUACGUGUUCACGGGCGCCGUGUCCAACCUGGCGGCGUUCAUGCAGAUCCAGGAGCUGUCGUUCGUGUCCCUCGGGCAGCGCAUGCUCGCGCUGUUCCAUGUGCGCCAACACUACGGUCACCCCGAUAUCUUUGACAAGAUGUUUGCGAUCACCACGGGCGGGACCGCGAAACCAUCCAAGGGCAUCAACUUGUCUGAAGAUAUUUUUGCCGGUUUCAACACGACGUUGCGCGGCGGCCACGUCUCCCACGAAGAGUUUAUCCAAGUGGGCAAGGGGCGUGAUGUGGGCAUGCAGCAGCUGGCCCUGUUCGAAGCCAAACUGUCGUCCGGGGCAGGCGAGUGCGUGAUUUCCCGCGAUGCGGCGCGCAUGGGCAGCCGCCUGGACUUUUGGCGGUUGAAUUCGUGGUUUUACGGCAACUUGGGGUGGUACUUCACGCAAACGAUGACUGUGUUUGGCAUUUACGCGUUUAUCUACGGCAAGAUCUACUUUGCCCUGAGCGGGCUGGACUCGUUCUUCCUGCAGUCGGGUCGGCUGGGGAUCAGCGGCGUCCUGAACACGUCGUGGGCGCUCCAGUUUGGCUUUCUCCUCGUCGUGCCCGUGAUCGCAGUCGUGGGCGUCGAGCGGGGGUUCCGCCAUGGGUUUUCCUACUUGGUGUGGAACUGCAUGACGCUCGGGCCGCUCUUCUUUACGUUUCAGAUGGGGAACCGCAUGAACUACUUUGACCGGACGCUGAUCCACGGCGGCGCAAAGUACCGCGCGACCGGUCGCGGGUUUACGAUCAAGCACGAAAAGUUUGCCGAGCUGUUUCGGUUCUAUGCGUUUUCGCACUUUUACCGGGGCGUAGAGCUGGUGUUCCUCCUGCUCUUGUUUUCAGCGUACGGAACGUUCUCAUGGUGCAAUUGCUCGUGGCGGGUGGACCAGCUGUUCUACAACAACAUUGAGCCGCUCCCGUACGAGUGGAAGACGCGGUGCUACAACAACUUCUACCAGACAUGUGUGUUGCCAACCAACCAGAACUACGGCAUCAUGAGCUUUUCGCUGUGGAUCAUUGCUGGCACUUGGCUGUGGGCGCCGUUCUUCUUCAACCCGAGCGGACUCGACUGGGACAAGUGCAUUGACGACUACAACGACUGGCAAAACUGGCUUACAACCAAGAACGACUCGUCUGAGAGUUGGUUUGGCUGGUGGUCCAACGAACUCGAGUACCUCGAGCACUCGAGCGUGAGCGCGCGCGCCGUUCAGUUCUUGCGCAAGUGCCGCUUCUUGUGUGUGGCGAUAGGGAUUUACCUCCAGCUCAUGUACCGAUUGUUUUACAAGGACCAGAACAAGCUGAUUGUGUUUGAUCUGUCGAGCAAGACGCCGGGGGUGUUUUUGGAGUCGCUCAAGCCGUUCAUUAUCGUGGCGGCGCUGCUGGUGCUCAUGCUGCUGCUCGUGUGCUGCGGGUACUGCGCGAGUCGGUUCUCCAAGCGCAGCCAGAUGAAGCAGAAGAAGCUGCGCAAGAUCAAGUUCAACAUCAGCUUUUGCAUCCUCGUGGUGGUGCUCUUCUCGUUCUUGUACUUGACCAUCAUGCAACUGUUUGAAGUGUUUUUGAUCAUCGUGCUGUCCGUGUACUGGUUUGUCCAGUUUGCCAUCGUCCGGCUUAAGUCCAACCACGUGGUCAUCCUCGCCAUGGCCAAGAGCUUUGACCGCGCCGUGGGCUGGAUCGUGUUUGGCCCGAUCCUGUUUAUCGCCAUGUUCAUGCCGUUCAUCUCGUCGUUCCAGCAGCGCGUCAUGUUCAACAGCGCGUUCACGUCGGGGCUCGAAGUGUCCAAGCUCUUUUCGCACGAUGUGGCGCCAUCGCACUCGAUCAAGGCCAAGCGGCCCAAGAAGAAGAAGCGCGACGAGUAGACAGUCUUGCUGCUACGAGUACGAGUAGAAGUAGUAGGUGGUUUUGCACAUGUGUUCAUUGAAUAUUAACAUCAGGUAUAUAUAUAUAUAUACUUCGUAAUAUAUACUAUUAAUAGUACGUAUAUAUCGA